UAGCGGGCACUGGACCGGCGCUCGGACAGCUUCUCCUCCUGCGCUCCUGCUCCAGCGCCUGCUCCUUCGCUCCAAGAGCCCGCCCGCCCAGUGUGCGCCUGUCCCGAGGCAGCCUCGCCGCGCUCCGUCCCGUCCCGUCUGGGCACAGCGCUCCAGCGGCCAAAGUUGCCCUGCUCGGCCAGGCGGCGAGCUCUGCUGCAGCAGCCCCUCGGGCGGCGCGCACAGCAACUUUGGAGAGAGGAGCAGUAGCCUCAGCGGCGGCGGCACCAGCAAUGACUCCUUGGUUCGGGCUUGUUGUGCUCCUGGGCAGCUGGAGCCUGGGGGAUUGGGGCGCGGAGGCGUGCACGUGCUCGCCCAGCCACCCCCAGGACGCCUUCUGCAACUCCGACAUUGUGAUCAGGGCCAAAGUGGUGGGGAAGAAGCUGGUGAAGGAUGGGCCCUUUGGCACAUUGGUCUACACCAUCAAGCAGAUGAAGAUGUACCGAGGCUUCACCAAGAUGCCCCAUGUACAGUACAUCUACACGGAAGCUUCUGAAAGCCUCUGUGGCCUUAAGCUGGAAGUCAACAAGUACCAGUACCUGCUGACAGGCCGUGUCUAUGAUGGCAAGAUGUACACUGGGCUGUGCAACUUUGUGGAGAGAUGGGACCAGCUCACCCUUUCCCAGCGCAAGGGGCUGAACUACCGGUAUCAUCUGGGCUGUAACUGCAAGAUCAAGUCCUGCUACUACCUGCCUUGCUUUGUGACCUCCAAGAACGAGUGCCUCUGGACCGACAUGCUCUCCAACUUUGGCUUCCCUGGCUACCAGUCCAAACACUACGCCUGUAUCCGGCAGAAGGGCGGCUACUGCAGCUGGUACCGAGGAUGGGCCCCCCCGGACAAAAGCAUCAUCAAUGCCACAGACCCCUGAGUACAGACCCUGCCCCACCUCACCUCUCUCCCUUCCCGCUGAGCUUUCCUUGGACACUAACUCUUCCCAAAUGAUGAUGACAAUGAAAUUAGUGCCUGUUUUCUUGCAAAUUUAGCACUUCGAUCACUUAAAAGAAAAUUCUAUCAUAAGGAGUUUAUUUGUAAUCAUUCUCCCAGCCCCACUCUGCCCCUUCUUUUUGGUUUGGCCAUCACCCAUUUCUACUUGGGCAUUUUUGGUGCCAUGCCAGAAAGAAAGAGGAACACAUACUCCUCUUCCUUGUGAAAAUAUAAUCUAUAUUUUUUUAGGAAAACA